GGCAGGAGAGAGAGGAGCAGCUCCUGAGUUUAACAGAAAAGUCCAAAGACCUGCCCCAGUCCGGGUCAGGUCCUGCUUUAGGCCCGCUUUAAACUAGUCCCGGUUUAGAACCGGUCUAGAACCGUUCUAGACCCGGUCUGGUCCCGGUUCAGUCUCCCUCAGUCCCCGCGUUUGUGUCUCUGAUAAAUUAGUCCCAGAUCAAAGACCUGAUGGACCUGCAGCUCCACACGAGCCCCGCGUGCGGGUCUGGAUCAGGACUAGACCAGAACUGGACCAGGUCUAGAUCAGGACUUUAACAGGUCCAGAUUAGGACCAGAUCAGGUCCAGAGCAGGACCAGACUGCAGGUUUUUGGUUUGGUUUUAUUGCUCUGGGAAAGUUUUGGCUCAGAACCAGCCCCGGUCUGACCCGGGUCUGGCCCGGUUCGGCCCGGUUUGGCCCACUCGAGUGUUUCCUUUUGUUAUUUUGAAGGGCGCGUGCGGGAAGUGCGGUGCGUGUGGUGCGUGAUGACGCAGAGUUUGUGCGGAAGAGUCGAGUCCCGCAGAAGCAGCGGACUGUGCCCCAGACUCUGCCCCGCUCCAGAGCGCGACAUCCGGCCUCAAACCCCGCGGAGUCCCGCUCCUCCUCACGCUCCACGACACCGGGACCUGCGCUCCGCCCGCGCCGCCCGAGGGAGCGCCCGCGCCGGCCACAGGAGCCGCGAUGCCCUCCCCUCACGCGGAGCACGUGUUGGACCAGUUGGACGCGCAGAGGGAGUGGGGCUUCUUGUGUGACGUCCUCGUGUCCAUCGGGGACACUCAGUUCCGGGCGCACAGGGCCGUCCUCGCCGCCUGCUCCGCCUUCUUCAGGAUGCUCUUCAUCCAAUCAGACUGCAGGGGGCAGCAGAGCGUCGACCUGAGCCACACGGGCCUCAGCGCCACCAGCUUCGACCGAGUACUGCAGUACAUGUACCAGGGCCGCGUGUCUACUACAGACAGUCUGGACUUUGAAGACCUGAAGACCUCCAUGCAGCAGCUGCAGAUGUACUACGUCCCUGAGUCUCUGGAGGAACUUGGCCGAGUCCAGGGUCCAAACUCUGGGACUAAACUCAUGUUUGGGGUCCGAAUGUUUCCCUCAAGACCAGGACCAGAACCAAGACCAGAAACCAGGCCAGGACUUGAGACCAGAGCAGGACUAGAGACCAGAGCAGGACUUGAGACCAGGGCAGGACUAGAGAACAGACUGGGACCAGAGACCAGCAGCUCCACGGGGAACAGUCGGCCCAUCUCGGUGGAGGAGGUGUCGGUUCUGGCGGUGCCGCCCGUGCUGGCGGCGCCGCCUCUGGGGGAGGCGGAGCCUUGUGACCUUCGCCGGACGCUGCGUAAAACCUCGGAGCGUCUGAAGGAGCGUCCGCGCUUCGGCCGAACCUUCACCUGCGACGACUGCGGCUUCGUCUUCAGCUGCGAAAAACUCCUCAUCGAGCACAUCCUGACCUGCACCAACCGCAAGAACCCGCCCCCGGUCCAGACCCGGGACCAGGACCGGGACCAGAGCAGAGACCAGGCCCGGGACCACGGCCGGGAUCACGCCCGGGACCACGGCCGCCUCUACCACACAGACACCGAGUCCAGCCCGGACUCCGGCGACACCAGAGUCAAGACCGAGACCGAGGACUGGACCAGGACCGACCCGGGACCCGGCGUCUCCGUCAAGUCGGAACCGGACGACUCGGAACCCGGCGGCUCCCACAAAAACCAGGAGCAGAGUCCGGACCAGGACUCGGCCAAGAGGAUCAAACUGGAGCCGGGUCUGGACCCAAGUCUGGACCCCGGUCUGGACUCGGGUCUGGACCAGGACUCGGAGUCUCGGUGUGAGCUGUGUGGACUGGAGCUCAAGGGUCAGGACCUGUCGGGUCACUACCUGUCGGACCACACCAGUCACAUGUGCGCCUGCGGCAGGUGCGGGCAGGUGCUGAUCAAAGGCCGGCAGCUGCAGGAGCACGCCCAGCGCUGCGCCCAGAACCCGGACCGGAACCAGGACCUGAGCCAAGACCUGACCCAAGACCUGAGCCAAGACCUGAGCCCGGAUCCAAACCAGAGCCAGGACCACCCCGAGAACCCCGAGGAAGACUCCGAGGAGGAAGACCACGAGGAAGAGGAGAUGGAAGCCUGCCACCUGCUGGACGCGUGUGAGAACGUCGGCGCGUCAUUGGCCGGCUUGGUGCCCGCCGCCUUCUCAUUGGACGAGCCGCGGCGGCGUCACUUCUGCGGGAUUUGUGGGCGGGGCUUCUUCCAGCGCUGUCACCUGCGCGAGCACUACACCGUCCACACCAAACACAAACAGUUCACCUGCCUCACCUGCGGAAAAGGGUUUCUACGGCAACGCCAGCUGCGCCUGCACCAGGACAUGCACCGAGGUGUGGCGCGGUACGUUUGUCCCGUCUGUGAACAGGGGACUUUUCUGAAACAGGACCACGUACGUCACAUGAUCUCACACCUGUCGCCGGGGGAAACCAUCUGCCAGGUGUGUUUCCAGAUGUUCCCGGGGGCGGAGCAGCUGGAGCAGCACAUGGAGGUUCAUCUGUACGUCUGCUCCGUGUGCGGAGACAAGUUUAGACUCAGGAAGGACAUGAGGGCUCACUGCAGCACCGUGCACAACAAGAGAGUGUGACCCGCAACCGGACCCCGCAACCGGACCCCGCAACCGGACCCCGCAACCGGACCCCGCACCCGGACCCCGCAACCGGACCCCGUAACUGGACCCCGCACCCGGACCCCGCACCCGGACCC